UCUUAUUCAAUUUUUCAAUAAAAUGUUUUUUAUGUAUAGGCACGUAGUUACGUAGAAAUAUUUCACGAACAAAUAACUAUAAUAUUAUGAUGUUCGAUAUAAUAGUAAAAUACGCCCCUAUUAUCAUGAAUUAAAGAAAAAAAAAUCGCUACAGAAAUAGACUAGGUAUAAAAUAUUAAAGAAAGUACUGUGUUGUAUUAUAUAUAGUCACUUAAACAACGGUUCACCCCGUAUACACCUCUCAUUAUUACACCUAGGUUUAUAUAUAUAUAUUAUGUACAGGUACACGAUUCAACGAUUGUGUACGUACAUACAUACACGGUUUGUGUUGCUAUGCGAACGCUAUAUUUAGGUAUAUAAGACACCUACCUACAACUACACUGCUACAAUAAGGCGCUUUGCGCGCGGGCGAACCGACGGAGACGGGUGGUCAUUGGUGGUGUGCGAUGCCUGCACUCGUAUUGUUGCACCCUGGACCACUGGUGCUCGGCACAUCGUCGUGACUCGUAAUAAUAAUAUAAUGCAAACCGCCACGCUGCGUCCGGACGUCCGGAUCGCCGCCGACCCGGUGUCCACUCCGGAGAAGUUUCGCUCCGGCCACUGUCACCUGGAGCUGACUCCCGUCUGGCAGUAUGUGAUCAAGAAGAACCGGUUCCCGGCCAACGUCGACCGACAGGAAGUGUUCGCCGAGUUGGCCGUCCGACUGCAGCAUCCCGAAUGGCAGGUGAGACUUCACGGUUCACGAGUGCUGGCUUACGUUGUACCAGCAGUCGGCCCACAACUGGAUGCGUUGAUGUCCCCAACAAUACUCCCGGCGGUCAUUACGAAUCUUGCACACUUUUCACCAGCCCUCAGAAGUAGCUCUAUGGAUGCGAUAUUAGUUUACGUACAACACUCCGCGGACCCCGAAUUCGUUCUCAAGUCCAUGAUCGUACAAGGAUUGGAUGUAUCUGGUGCCAAAUCAAGUCUCACCGUGAAUGUCAUGGAAUGCGUUCCAGUAGUACUUCAGCAAAUCGUUAAGAGAAAUGGAGAACGGCCUAUUGCCAUACCUACGUUUGUGCACCUUGUAACUGCCUUAUCCAACAAGAUGGUACAAGCGACAUUUCAACAAGCCGCGGUUUACUGUUUGGACAGAGUUAAAGAAAUUGUCGGAAGAAAUAAAUUUGAUCAUUAUCUUGAAACAUUUCAUCCUAUUAUUAAAAAGGAUUUUGAAGUUUUGUGUGAAGUGUAUAGAAUAUCUUCAUCGUCUGGUCGAGAUUCUUCAAUAUCGUCGUAUGACGAUGAAGACGAUGUAGAAACUCCAAAAACACCUAGAAGAGUAACGUUUGGCGGAGAGCUUAUUAAAAUUCGAAGUCCUGAUGUUUCUGAUGACCCUGAGGUAAUCAAGUCUACUGGUAUUCCAAUUCCAAUCAAGCCUGCAUUGAGCGUACCGAAACACCCCAAAGAUGAAGUGGAAAACAUGACAAUAAAAUUACCACUUUCACGACAAACCCAAUUUCGAAGUUCCGGUAAUUAUUUGUAUCAAAAACGAGUAAUCAAUCAAGUGAGGCCAAACACCUUACCACCCUUACGACAUUCAAAUUUCAAACAAUUUUCAAGUGCUCGUGUAGGUCCGUUAUUAGGCACAACUUUCAGAAGGAAAUUGGACGAUAGAAUAUCACUUAAUAAGGGAUUUUUUUCUCCACACGCUAUUCUUUGUACUGGAAGGACCAACGAUUCAUUUGAUAGAAAUUAUAAAAAUAUGAAGAUGGACAAAACAUUUAAAAAUUUUGAGUCUUCUAUGAGAACAACGUUUUCCAUGACCGUGGUACCGGAGACCAGCAGACAGGAACACAACAACAGAAAAAUAUCCGAUAUAGACUAUGACAUCCGUCGUACUCCCAUUCGUCGCGCGGAAUCGCCUGGCGGCGGAAUCAAAUCGUCAGACGAAGAAUAUGAUGCCCGGCGACAAACUCCGGCCAACCACACGCCGUCAAAUAUUCCGGUCGAAAACCCUGGUGGCAGCGCAAUAUUGGGAACUCGACUUGUCGACCCCGACGAUCGGCUUCUGCCACAACAGCAACAAGUGAUUAGCGAUCAGAAAAAAUCACCGACGCAGUCUGAAAUGAAUGAUUUCGAUACAGAUCUCGUCAAACCGGCCAGUGUUAAGCAGCAGUGUUCGACUGCAGGCGCAGAGGUUCAACCGCAAAACGAUAAAAAACCUGUGGCUGAAGUAAAACCUACGAAGUCUGUCGUGCAACCACCGGCGCCACCCGCAGCACCAACGGUCGAAAGGAGAAGGUCCGUCGGAAUGAACCUGAAAAAACGACCUAGUGAAAUUAGACCAAAUCUCACUCCGUUCAACGAACCUCAAAGAGCUCUACAUUUGGUUUCUACUCAGAUCAAUAGUCCGGAAUGGGAAGCGGCCGUCACGGGUCUACAGAAUAUUUCACGACUGUCCAUGUUCCACAGUAAAGAACUGCGUCCGGGUUCAUUGCAGCCAUUCGCUCGCAAUGUGGCUAAACAUAUUAAAUGUCUCCGAUCUCAGGUGGCGCGAGCCGCGUGUACGGCUGCACAGAAAAUGUUUACCUACGUACCGAAAUCAAUGGAACCGGACGUUGAAGAAAUCGCAUCGGCACUGUUUCCGCGUACAGCGGACACCAAUAAAUUUCUUCGGGUGCAGAGUGCAGAAGCUUUGAACGCAAUGGUCGACAACGUAAAUCCCGUAAAAUGCGUGCAUGUGAUCACAGCUAAAGGGAUAAAACAUGGAAAUCGAAUGGUCCGUGCUGAAGCGUGCCGUCUCUUAGCCAGAGUGGUCGAUAAACUCGGAGUCAGUGGAACUCUUCAUUUACCAACAGAUGCUAGAGAUGCAGUGAUAACUGCUGCCACUAGCAUGGUAUUCGACAAUACGCCUACUUCUCGUCAAGCCGCUCAACAUAUAUUAACUAGAUUGAGCGAAGAUCCGAGAGGUGCAGCAUUAAUAUCAUCAGCAGCUUCACCAAAUGUAAAAGCUACAUUAAAUAAAUCGUUGUCAAGAAUAUUUCUUAAAUGAAAUAUUUUUUUGAUCAACAAUUAUUGAUUUGUUAAAAUCAAG